AAAAAAAGAGAAGAAAAAAAAAGUAUUAAUUCUGGACUCCAUUAUAGCAUCACAAAGUAGGCCAAGCAGCAAUAGUUGAAGUGAAAGAUAAACGAUAGCCAUUCAAUAAAUAAACCAUAACCCAUGUGAGUUUGCUGGAUCCCAUCAAAAUAGAGAUAGAAAAUUCAGAGAAAAAAGAAGAGACAAACCCAGUUCAAGUGGGGUGUCCAAUAUUAUCCAGUUGAUCCAUAAUUGGGUUUUUAGGCUAACCAUUUAGUGCACUCUAGCUCUUUGCCUAGUUGUAUUUGAAAGUUGAAACUAUUACUUGCCUUUUUGUUGUCGGCUAGUGCGCAAUGACCAUCCAUUUUCUCUUUUUGCUUCUCUCUCGUUUGCGUGUCAGUCUCUGCUGUGAGUCUCUCUAAGUGGGAAAAUGUUUCUAAUUUUGGUUUCCCAUUUUCGUUUUUAUGAUAUAAGCGGGAACCAUUAUUGUAGUCUUUGAUAGUGGGUGUAUUGGGUUUGCACUGGACAUGGCCUUCUCUUCUUGUUUUUGCCAUUCUCCAAUCUCGCUCAAGAUUGACCAAUUGGGGAACAAUCUAAAACCUUGGCAUCAUGAUGGAGUGGAUCGAAGAUUUGCUUUUACACUCAAAAGUAAUAGCACUGAACUCUUUGGCAAACACGUUUUGAUGGUUGGCAGAGACAAACACCGAAAUUGGAGUUUCAUGGGAGGAUCAAGUGUUGUUGUUAGACCAAAACUUGACAAAUUUGUUCUGUAUCAAAAGGGUUCUAGAAUUUGUGCAUCAUGGUUGACAAAUUCUCAACUUGCUAGCAGCGUUUUUGGCUUGGGAACAGUCGCAGUUCUCCCAUUUUAUGCUCUCAUGGUUUUAGCUCCUAAAUCCGAACUGACCAAAAAAUCUAUGGAUAGUAGUAUCCCAUAUGUCGUGCUUGGAAUUCUAUAUGCAUAUCUAUUGUGUCUCUCUUGGACACCUGAAACGCUGCGGUACAUUUUUGCAAGUAAAUACUUGCUGCCAGAGCUGCCCGGUAUAGCAAAGAUAUUCUCCAGUGAGAUGACAUUGGCUUCUGCCUGGAUUCAUUUGUUGGUUGUAGAUCUUUUUGCUGCAAGGCAGGUCUUUCACGACGGACAGGAAAACCAAGUUGAGACCCGACAUUCAGUUUCUCUUUGUCUUCUCUUUUGUCCCAUUGGAAUUGUCACUCAUGUCAUCACCAAAGCAAUAACAAGAAGUGCUGGAAAUUCCAGACACCACCUGCAUUGAUAAAUUUGCUAAUGCAGAAACAAUCUAACGAAGGAUUCAGAUUAAGUUCCAAAGCUUUGAAAUUUAUCUGAAUGAUUUUCUUUCCAAGCAUUUCAAGAAAAUUUUGAAAUAUGCGUUUCCUUUACAAGCAAUGAGUGUCUAUUUUUCUUCCUUCAAAUGUUACAUCUUUGUUUGGUUUUACAUCAUUACAAUAAGGACUAAUAUGUAAUACUUCUUCCUUGAGUUGUA